AGGCUGCCUACCUCACCCAGCGUGCACGUUUUUUCGGUGAAAAUGAAGGGCUUGAUGAUUACAUGGAGGCACGAGAGGGAAUGCAUUUGAAGAACGUGGAUUUCCGCGAGCACAUCCUUGCUUUUCCGGACCCAGCCAGACAGCCCUGGUAUGCCAGGUGUAAAGUUUUCUGGCUGGCCUCAGCUCUGCUCUUGUCCUGGCCACUUCGGGUCGUUGCGGAGUAUCGCACUGCGUAUGUGCAUUACCACGUAGAGAAACUGUUUGGCGAUGCUGAUGAUAACAGUAGGGGUGAUGUAACUGAGAAUGGUGGGGGCAACGAGAAUGGAAACGGGCCUGGACCUGGGACCGGGUCGAGCUAUCGUGCCAUUUCACGUGUCAAUACAGUGGACAUGACAGAGCUGGAGUGGCACAUUCGCUGCAACCAGCAAAUGGUGCCUAGCUACUCUGAGGCCCUGUUGAUGGAUCCCGGUUUGGGGGGUAACCAAGGUACCAACACUCCUCCAGCUGGGCAGGGGACUAACUCAAUAGCGGGUGGCCCGACACUUCCAGUGGCCUUCGCUUCGGCGUACUUGCUCCAGAACUGUCCUCGUUGCCGGCGCACCACAAGCAGUGCUUCCUUGCCAUCCCGGCUGAGAGGCCCUACUGCAUCCCUGCUGAGUGGAACCAUGGCUGGGAUGAGAGCAAGUGGAUCAGGAGGUGGUCCUGGAGGCCCGGGACGGCUGGUUCUGAGCAGGAGUGGCUUCUCAUUGGGGCGUCUCCAGGCUCCUCGGCCGUCGUCCCUCCUCCACUCCCGAAGUGUCGGUGGAGGACUUGCGACAAGAGGAGAAGAGGCAAGUGGGGGAGGUGGUUUCUUAGGUUUGGGAGCUAGACAAGAUGAAGAGAGCAGAAGAGUGCUGGGGGGAGAGGGGGAUGAGGAUGAGGAGGUAGAAAGAGAAGAAGAAGAAGAAGAAGGUGAGAGAGACGGGGAGGAAAGAGAGCAACAGGAGGAAGCAGAAGAUGAGGAAGCAAGGGAAGGAGACAGACCUCCUACAUAUCAGGAUGCCUUUUUCUUCCCUGUGUUGAUUGUGCAUGGAGAGGAGAGUUGCCAUUCGGGUGAGGACAUGUCCUGAAGAGCCCCCCAUCAAAAAUCGUAUUGAGGUAGCAGGAAAAAAAAGACGAUUAGAAAAGUCAUGGCCAAAUAGAAUGUGAAGGAAGUAAUUUGUGAAUUGAGCUCCACUCCCCUUGGUCACUGUUGCUAACUCAGACAAACUUUACAGAAUAUACCAUAGGAAUGAACUAGGGAUAUACAUACACAAUGAGUUUUUACAUUGUAAUGCAUGCAUAUAAUUGAGUAAAAAAAAAAAAGUUGAAAACUGAUGAGAACGCUGACCACGGAAAACUGAAAAGACAAAUAAUUUUUAAAAGAUGAAUCGAUACGUAUUUGGUUGAAGAUCAGAAAAAUAAAAAUAAAGCUUGUAUCAACUCUGUGUACUUUGUGCCACUAUUUUAAGUGACCUGGCACCAAUAUUUUACCAUAAUAUCUGUAAAAUUGCAUUUAAAGUAUCCAAUCUCACAGAUCCACCAGAGACGUUUAUUAAAAGUGCAAAAGUAUGUCUGAGAAAACAACAAAUGGCAACAGUUGCUAAGUGGGAUUGGUCAGUAAUUUUUUAAAGGCAGCACUUAAAGAAUGGUCAGUUGGUUU